CAUCUCCCAUGCAGCCCUCACAAAACGGCAAAACCGCAGCUCACGCAUGCGGUGAGCGCAUCAUGUCCUACAAGGAUACCCCCGUCUGCCUAACUACUUCUUCACUCGUGGACAGGCGCCUGUCUGAGCACUUCAGCGGGCCAUCUGCUCUGCGCGACCUUCUCUGAAGCGGAAAUCUCCUGAAUCUCCUGAUCGUCAUCAGCGACAUUGAGCAGACCGCGGGCCGCUGAGUAGCAGAACAGACAGAAACACGAGAAUCCAGCACUCAGACUAUGCCGGCGCGUGUGUCCACAUCUGCUUACCAAUCAUGCGUUUGAUCUCCCUGGCGCAGGCCAUGCUCUCUCGGGGAUAGAGGCAGAAGCUGUGGGUCAGGUCGGCCAUCGACGACACGUAAACAGCCGCAGGCACCCUAGUGCUGUCGAUGCUGUCCUUGACUUGGUUGAGAAGGGGUGCUGCUGGGAGAGCGGCGAGGGAUGUGGCUGAUGAUUUGGUGGAUGUGGACACACUCGACACGGCUGGUGAGACGGUCUCCAGCAAGGACGCGGCCUGACGGGUAGAGGGAAGGAAUGGUGGAGAAUGGUUCGAUUGCGGCGGGGCAGCGCGUUGUGUAUGGGUCUGCGUACCUGUUGCUGAGUGGCCCUCGUCACAUAAAUGUCGUCAGUGGCGUACACCAGCAACGCCUUGUCACGCAGCUGCAAGCAAGAAGCCAACCUUAGUGCAAACGAGCCCGUAUGUGUGUGUGGUUCGCGCCUCUGCACACCUCUAGCAGCGUCUCCGCGGGCAGCUCUGGCUCAAGAGCCCUAAACUCCGACCGCAGCAGAGUGAUGAUGUUGUCGAAAAACCUGCCACUCUCGCAUUCAGCCAGUAUCUGCACGCGAAGCACACACUAAUGGCUGAUCUGCAUCCUUGCCCGGUGUGUGGUUCGGUGCAGUGCUGACCUGGGGGUCUGGCGCCAGCCAUGUCUUGAGUCGGUUGGGUAAGGCCCGCACGAGAGUCGACAGCAGGUGCUUGCCGGUGCGGCUGGACACCAGCGUACACCACACGUAGCCACGGGGCGCGAACCUGCAGCAAACACACGACAUAUAGGUAGGGAAUAGGCGAAAUGGCUGGCGUGAAGGCAGGACUUGCCUGCUGAGUGUGCCGCAUAUGCUGCCGACGACGGCGAUCUUCUCCUGGCUUGAAGGUGGGGCACUCUGGUGUGCUCUCACGGCCAUGUAGGCUCCUGCCGCACACACGAGUCCAUCUAACGGGCAUCUCCAUGUCUGUGUGUGUGUGCUGACCGAUGCUGUGGCCCAGGAGGACAAUCUCCCCAUACGCAGCCGCAUGUCUGUCCAGCUGCUUGGCGUGGUGGGCGAUGGCAUGCUGCAGCUCAUAGGUUGACGUGCUGUGCGGCGCAUGGCCUGCGCAGACAAACCAGACAGCAUUGCAUGAAUACGUAUCCCGUGCUCCAUCCCCCUCUCACCUACUCACUCACCCGGGUGUCCCUGCACAACGACGUCAGUGUCGAGCAGUUGGCGCAGUGCACUGGCGAAUUCGCCAUAAGCAGACACGGCCCCCGGGUUGCCUGACCAAUGACGCACACAGCACAGGGUGCUUUUUGCAGAGGGUCAGUCGGCCCAGCCCACCAGGCAAGACGACGGUGAGCCGAUUCUUUCUUGCAGACAACUCGCGCCCCUUGAGCCACAGCGACUCUGCAUCCCCAAUGCGCUGCCAGGAGAACUCGAACUCUGCUGCACUGUCCGCUGCCGUCACCACUGGCAUGCUGUCAACGGGCUGAUGGGCCGGAAGUUGUUGAACUCGCAAUAGUGAAGGUGGAUGGCGAUGAAAAGCGGCGGAAAAUGCGGUGCUCGUGAGCCGCGUUGCGUCGGCAAUUAGCAGCAGGAAGGGGAGGACUCCAAGUACAGAUUUGAGCCGCGCGCGGCUCAUGCGCCAAGAGGACCAAGUGAUCCUCGAAAAUCGGCGACAGAUCUCAAUGGUUUGACGCUC